UGGUGUUACUGUUACGGCAACAACAAAGAAACUUUAUUGGAUUUUUUUAUCAUCCUUACUAGUUUUACUGCUCUGUAUAAGUGUUGGAGUUCCAAUUGGUGUUAUAUUUUCAAGAAAAAGUGAUACAACAGCAGCCACUACAAGUAACCUCACAGCCAGCAACGUCACAACCAGUACCGUCACAGCCAGUACCGUGACAGCCAGUACCGUGACAGCCAUUACCGUGACAGCCAUUACCGUGACAGCCAUUACCGUGACAGCCAUUACCGUGACAGCCAUUACCGUGACAGCCAUUACCGUGACAGCCAGUACCGUGACAGCCAGUACCGUGACAGCCAGUACCGUCACAACCAGUAACGUUACUGUCGAUCCGAACCCAUGUGUUUGUGAGUAUAGUUUUUAA